ACUCCAGACGGGCCGGGGGGCGUCAAUAUGGCGGCGCAGAGCGCCCCCUCGAGCUCUCCGUCAGACGACUCUACCGCCUCGGGGUCGCUGGCAGAACUGCCACCGACAGCGACCGCGACUUCGAGGUCGCCCCCAGAGUCGAAGGGGAGCUCCCGGAGCUCGCUGCUUCAGUGGACCUGCCCCGAGGACUCAUUGCCCCUAGCCGUGUUUUAUGGGCCGCUGGACGCGAAAAACCCGCUCCUGGCCUCUUGUGAGAAGGAGAUCCGGGAGUUGUUAGGCUUUAUGAGGAAAAAGAAGGCUUUAGCCACCACGGAGGAAGAGAAGCACGAAUUCCGCCGGCGUUGUGCCACUUCUUUGUUUAAUAUCUGGACUAAAUACGCCCCCAGGCUGCCAGCAGACUAUUACAACGAAAAGCUUCUGAAGGUUGGAGAUAGCCUUUGUCAAAUGAAAUUUCAUGCUUUGAGUGGCAAAAAUAUGUGCAACUACCAGCUGGUCUGUGACAGUGAUGAAAACCUGCAGAAUAAAGAAUCUGUGGUCCAGUGUCUGCAUAUCUUGUCGUCCUUAAGGCUCAUCAUGCAGGUGGCUCUGCCACAGGAGCAUCUUUGCUGGAUUAUCUUCAAUGGUACCAUUUAUAUUUACACCAUUUGCAGAAAACUGAUGGCCAUAGGUCAGUCUUCCAAGGCCUUAGAGUAUCUCCUGUGGGCCAGCAUGUGUAUGGAGUCCUUGGUCCCGCUCCUGUCGCUCAGGUACUUGACAUGGCGCACUACUCUCUACACAGCUGUUUGCCAGUGCUGCUAUGACUGCCAAGCCGGAAUUCAUGGAGAGGCAUUUGCUCGGCGUGCUUUGGCUAAAAUUGAUGAGUUAAGGCAACUGGAAUUAAUGAGUUCCUCAAAAUCCCCGGAAGAAUCGCGAAGAUAUUUUAGAGAGGCCACAAUAAAGAUGGCAGUGAUGAUCUUCAAAAGAGGAGUCUUUGAAUCUAGAAGAAAAAACAAAGCUGUCUUUAGACCCAAGAUAAGAAUUAACCUAAGGGAAGUACAAACUUUAUCAUGGCCACGUACUGUCACAGAGCGGCUAUUGGAUGAGAUGUUUGAUAGCACUGCAUCCCGGUUUCUGGCUGUCUUGGAAGCUCUUUCUGAUUCAAACAGGCGAAUACUGCAAACUGGACCCAUUGUUACAGAUGAAGUAGAGAUUCAUGAUGUUGUCUCAGAAUUGUUUAUGGCAGGAAGAGAACUUUUGAUAAUGUCAAAUAUUGGUGCAGAUGGAAUGCUUGAUUUUCCAAAAACAUCUCUUCUGGAACUUAUGAUAGAAAGAAAAAAUGUUAUUUCUGUGGAUGCUGCUGUGAAAUUUAUAAAAUUAGCUUUUACCUAUGAGGAGUGGAGUUUAUUUGAAUCUUCUGCUGCACAUAUUAUUUAUUUUCUCCAGAGGCAGGAUGAUCCAGAGUCAAAGAAAGCAGAGAAGGAUUUAACUCUUCUAAUUGCAAUGGAACCACUAAUUAAUGUAAAGAGAAACAAAGGUUUGAUCUUUCCUUUGGAAAACUAUAAAGAAGGACAGUCGGUUCAAAUUUAUUUAAAAAAAGUUGCUGUUCAUGAUACUUGUUUGAAGAAUUGUGGAUAUUCAGAGGAUAUUUUCCGUUUGGCAGCAACCUUGUAUUUCUGUGUCUGCACUGCUCCCCAGGAUGUUCAACCUGAUAAAGAAAUUGUUGUGGACACGAUAAUGUUCCUAUGGCAGAAAUGCAAAUUAGGAAUUCAGCGGCUCAAUAUAUCCAAAAAUGACUAUGCAAAAUUCACCCAGAAAAUCAGUACAAACAAAGUAUUCCUUUUGCAUUUCCUUUCACAUAUUUUUUGCUAUUGCUAA